AUGAUAGUUGCUGGUAUUCUAAUGUAUGUAUUUGGUAUAAUUGGAAAUAUUUUAAACAUUUGUGUUUUUACAAAAUGGUGUCGUUCGAAAAAAAAACCGAAAUAUUCUUAUUGUUGUCGUACAAGUAAUAGUUCAUUAUAUUUACUUGGUUCUUCAAUAGCAAAUUUAAUUGUUAUUAUUUAUCCAUUAUCAACUCGAAUUCUACUCGAUGGUUAUAAAUAUCAUGUAAAAGAAAGUAAUGCAUUUCUUCUAUGUAAAUUACGUUAUUUUAUAUUACAUACAUUUGAUUUAACAUCAUUAACAUGUGUUUGUUUAGCUAUGUUAGAUCGAUAUUUAAUAUCAUCACGAGAAGUUC